UUUCUAAAGAAAAAGCCCUCAUAGGCGUGUCAGUCCUCAGAGGGAAAGCCUUUAAACCCAGCAGAGGAUCUCACAGUCGUCACAAGACACAGCAGAAGAACAUCACACUUCACUCGAAAGCUUAAACCUCACGAAAUGGCAAACACAACAGGUUUUAAAACAAGAAAAAACAAGCGCUUUAGCAAAGAGUUAUUCCUUGAGGGAAAACACAUCAGCAUACAAGAUCUGAAAAUGAGAGAAGAUAUAAGACAAGAACAACAAGUUCAAAAGUAUCUUUCCAAAGACAUCACAUGUUAUCCAACUCCUGUUGAAUUUCACAUCACAGAAGUGGCGCAUGCCACUAACAAGACCGGCGUUCAGGAGAUCUGGAGAUCAGAGGGAUUCAGGGGUCUUAAUGUGAAUUCAUUUUCAUGGUGGAGCCUGAAGAUCAAUGAAGCAGAUAUAAGAGCCGCUGAGGAGCGUUUCCUCGAGAGUUCAAUACCAAACAGAACCAAAGAAGAAAUUGCAGCUCAGCAGCCGUUCCUGAGUAAAUUCACCACAUCACCAGCAUUCAAUAAUGAAAUCUCACGCUACGGCAACUUCCGCUUCACACUUCUUCUGACUGAACUGAUGGAGGCCUACAAGAAGCAGAUGUGUGAAGGUGAAGAGCCGGUUCUCAGGGUAUACGAGACCAAACUUUUCAAGCAGGAGAUUGAGUAUGUUGUUCUCGUUCACAGCCCUCAGAAUAAUGAGAAGUUCAGUCAAUAUCCACUGCUUUCAUCCAGUCCAUUGGUUUCUUAUGAUGGAAAUCAAAUCAUCUGGAGAGCACAAGCUAUUUGUGAAACCCACAACUUCCAACUGGAAAUCACUGGAAACACAGCAGUGACACAAUCCAUGUAUUCACACCAGUUUUAUGUGUGGGAUCAGGUUAGCCUCGUCUUUCACGUCAAUGGGGUCCUUACCUUCCCUAAAACAAAGCUUAAAGCAAGCCUCAGCUGUUGUGAACAUGAUCAACAAGUAAAUCUUUCACAUGGAGAAAACUGCUCUUCCCUUGAUGAAGCAGAGAAAUUCACUGAAAGCUUGCCAGAUGAUGAAUUUAAAAAAGAAGAUGAAAAAGAAGAAGAUAAAUCUGGAGAUCUUAAUAUGGAAGUGGACUAAAAAUGUGCAAAUUUUGCUAGAACGUUAACAGAUUUGUGAUGUUGUAAAGUUUUGCCCUUCAAAUUUCAAAUAUUUUGUGGUAAAUAAAAAUAAAUAAUAAGGUUAAUAAAUAAAGGGUGGAGGAUGAUUUGUAUCUUACUAAUAUGUACCUGUCAUUGAGAGGCUGGAAUGAGAUUAAAAAAAAAAAACUGAAUAUUACUUGAUGUGUUUCAAAAUGAAUACACCUGAAUAACUUAAAAAAAAAAAAUUAAAAUAAAGCUUUUACUUUGUAUUGUU